AUGUCGGGACCUCGUGUGGGUGAUCGUCUGUCCGAUGAUGAUUUACUAUGUGAGGGCCGUCCUGCUGUUCAUCGUGUCGUUGGCUCUGCAUCUACUGGGGUUCGAGGUCAGACUUCAUCUGCUGCUGAUUUGCGUCGACGGCACAAAGAGAUCCGACUGGGAAACGUCCUGUUAAUUGCGAUGUUGGUUAUCAGGCUUAGAUCUGCUUGCAUAUUCCUUCAUUGUUUUGUGUCAGUUUGA